GUGUUUGGUUAGUUGCGUAUUCUCGUCAUCGUCAAAAUUGGCAUCGGCAUGGCGGACAGCAAUGAGCAUUCGGAUCUAAUCGCCCAAUUUUGUGGCGUCACCGGCGCCGACAGCUCUCGGGCCAAGCUUUUCCUGGAGUCAGCAUCGUGGAAUCUUCAGCUGGCGCUUGCAUCGUUCUACGAAGAUCCCGACGAUGGCAGGGACCAGCAGAGCUCCCCAGAGCUGCCACCUGAGCAGCCCAAAAGUCCCGUCCCAGCCAGCAAGCCACCAACGAGGCCAUCUGCCAGGAUUCGGGGCUUAGCGGACCUUGCCAACGAUGACAGCGCGAAUGAAGAAGAGGGCCAGGCGUUCUAUGCAGGGGGUUCGGAGCACAGUGGCCAGCAGGUGCUGGGGCCUGGCAAGAAACCGGACAACAAGGAGAACUUUGUGGCCGAGAUGUUCAAGGCGGCGAAGAUGCACGGUGCCCAGGUGAUGGAUCCGGCAAUGGACGACGGGGCACGUCAGGAUCGGGGCGCAGGCGCCAGUGUAUUCCAGGGCAUCGGCCACCGGUUGGGUGAUACCUCGACGGCCAGUGAGCCCGUGGGCCCGACGGGGAUGCUGCGCCGCCGGCCGUCCGUCUCGCGGGUACUGAAGAUGUGGCAGGACGGCUUCAGCAUCGACGAUGGGCCGCUGCACGCUUACGACGACCCGGGCAGCCAGGCGUUUCUACAGGCAAUUCGCCAAGGAGAGAUCCCGAGGGAGCUGCUGCAGGAAGCCAAUGGUGCCGAGGUGAACCUGAACAUGGAGGACCACCGGCUCGAACAGUAUGUGGGGCCUCCUCGCCCCAAGGUGACGGCCUUCGAGGGCACGGGACACCGUCUUGGCACUGUGACACCAACGUUGACCCGUCCGGCAAAUUCAGACCUGCCGCCAGAACGCGCAGAGGCAAAUGCAAAGGCGGCGAUCAAUCUGGAUGAAUCCAAGCCCACUACCAACAUCCAGAUUCGUCUCUCAGACGGCUCAAGGUUGGUGGCCCAGAUGAACCACACCAACACUGUUGGGGACAUCUACAAAUACAUUGUGGUCGCUCGGCCCGAGUACGAGGCAGCAACCUUCAUGCUGUUGACAACGUUUCCGCACAAGGAGCUAAUGGACGAGAAUGCAACGCUGAAAGACGCAAACCUGCUGAACGCAGUCAUCGUGCAGCGCUUGAAGUGACGCCCCAGUCCGGUGCCGCCGAUGCAAUCAGAUGUACAGCUAGGCCUCGGGUCGCCACAUGGUGGCCACAAGGAAAACAACAAAGAUUGAAAGUGUGGCCCAUGCAGCCACUCACUUUAGGUUGCUUUAAUAAAGGUCGCGUUUCUACAUGUUUCUAAACUCGUUGCUAUGUGCGAUCGCAAGUUGACUUCUCUAAUGUACAAUAAAAACAAGGUUUCAUUUGUGUUCCU